AUGUACUACCGUGCUCGUCACUCAUUGCCUUAUCAAAAAAGAAUGGAGAACUUGACUUGGAGGAUGAUGUAUAUUAACAACAAAUCGAUUUUCACUAAUACUAACAAUGCACCUAAAGAGAUUUUUGAACAAAGUUUGGAUCCUGAAAUUGAUGAUUUUGAUUAUGUGGCACAUAUAAAAAAGAUUGGUCAAUUUAAUCAGCAAAAAACACAACAACAACAAGAUCAUUUGCAAUCAAAUUUAGACAAUCACAAUAGUAUAUUUGCUGAUAACACUGGUUUUUCUAACAACAAUGACAGAGGUAGUUCAGGUGGUGGUAUGACUUCCAUAAGUAGUUUACUGAAGAAAAGACCAGCUCCAUUUUCGCCAAUGAUUCAACCAGAAAAGACGACAAUCAUCCCCACUGCCACUAAUACAAUGUCCCAAUUAUCACAACAAUUAAAUGAAUUCAAUAAAUUUAACCACCCCAGUCAAACAUCCAAUUUUAAUGACGUUAAUCAUCAUAUGGAAAUUUCAACGUCCCAUAUAGCCCCUACUUCUUCGGCUUUUGAGUUUUCCUUAGAUCCAUUGGCAUUUGAAGGUCCAAAUCAAAAUUUCCAACCUGAACCGCACCAUGAUUUCAACACCAACUCUUUUGAUUCUAUGACAUCAUCAUAUGAGAGACCCUUGUUUGACGAUUUUCUUCCUCGUGAUCAUCAUAAUAUUCAAAGCUCAAGUGUGCCUACUUCAGCAUCGUCAUUUUCAACAAUUGUGCCGAAAAAUACCCAAUUCUCAACGUCAGCAUCAAUAACAUCGCCAACGUCAACAUUUUCCAAUCAAGGCAAUAAUAGCAGUAAUUUCCACCGAUUGAAUUCUACUGUCAGUAUAACGGCAACCCCGGGUAAUUUAUUACGUCAAGAAUCAAUGGUCAGCUUACCAGAUUAUGCCAACCAUUUACGAUCAAUGUCGCAAACUCCAACUAUGAAUAGUAGUAAUGCACCAUUCUCGCAUAGUUUUAAUGAUGGUGGUAGCUAUUUUAUGAAUAAUUUUACUGGAAUCACAUUACCUAGUCAACCGUCACCACAACCUAUUCAUUUUGAUAAUAAACCAAAAGAUGAUCAUUUUAAUACUUCGUUAUCUGUGUCACAACAGCAACCUUCUGCCAAAAAACUGAAACGAAAAUCGACCAUUACAAAAUCGAAAAAGAAAGCUGCAAGUCCUGAAACCACAAUAACCAGUACUGGAAGCACUAUUACGACGAAAUCAACGAACUCAAAUUCAACUGGUAAGGGAACAGCGACCGGACCAGCAGCACUGAAUACUGGUGUUUCUUGUACAAAUUGUGGAACAAAAACUACUCCAUUAUGGAGACGAAAUCCCCAAGGUCAACCAUUGUGUAAUGCAUGUGGUUUAUUUUUGAAAUUGCAUGGGGUGGUGCGUCCAUUGAGUUUGAAAACAGAUGUGAUCAAGAAACGUCAACGUGGUAACAAUAAUGGUAGUGGAAAUAGCAGUGGUACAACAAACAAUAGUAAUAAUUACAAUAAUAAAUCAAUUAGUAAAAAGAAUGAGAUUGAUGAUGGUGAUGAUUUAAACCCUACUUCGAUAACUAAUAAUACGGGUUUGACAAACAAUAAUAAUAGUAAAUCUCCGGCCAAAUCAAAAAAGAAAUCAAAUUUUGACAACAACAGUAACAGUGCUCUUAACAACUUGGAUAAAUCUAAAUUGAAAAUCAAUACUAAUGAGAUCACAAACAUUUCUGAGACCACAUCGAAUAGCUCAUCACCAGUGAUUAACUUGAAUCACGGGGGAAGAUCUUCUGGAGUGUUUGGUAAUACCCCAGAUUAUUUAAAUGGAAUAACUUCACCCGCAGUGUCCCUUGUUAAAUCUGAGAUUGAUAAUCCUCAUCAAUUAAAUAAUAGCAAUAGUAAUGGAAUGUUGAUGACGAUGCAUCAGUCACUGCAUCAACUGUCGCUACUGACAACGUUUGAUCAUGAGGUAGAAUCAAAUAAUGAGGGUUCCAAUUCUAGUGGAGUCAAUACAUCAACUGCUAAUAAUCAAGAUUGGGAUUGGUUAAACAUGAAUUAUUAG